UAAAUGCCUAUCCCACAUGAUUCCACUCAUAGAUUUUCCUUUGUCCACGGCAGUCAUCUUAAAAGCAGAAAGCAAAGAGCUCUCAAAUGCUUUAUCUACUCGGGACUCUAGAGAACAAUGGAAUAUCGCUCUGAUGUAGAAAAUUUGGAUGAAGAUGGGUAUACUCAAUUACACUUCAACUCUCAAGGCAUCACCAGGAUACCUGCGGUCUCAGAGAAAGGAACAUGUGUGGCAUCUCUUCCUUGGCGUCUCAUUGCUGUGGCUUUGGGAAUCCUAUGCUUGAUAAUACUGGUGAUAGCUGUGGUCCUGGGUAUCGUGGCUAUUUGGAGAUCCAAUUCAAAGAUCAACUCAUUGGAGAAUGACAACUUUCUACCAAGAAAUAAAGAGAACCACAGUCAUCCCACACAAUCAUCUUUAGAAGAGAGGGUGGCUCCUACCAAGGCUCUCAAAACCACAGAAAUGCCUUCCAGCUCCUGUCCCCCUAAUUGGAUUACACAUGAGAAGAGCUGUUAUCUGUUUAGAACAUCACUAGAUACCUGGAAUAGAAGUAAAAGACAAUGCUCUCAGCUAACCUCUAAUCUCCUAAAGAUAGACAGCUUAAAAGAAUUGGUUUCAAAUCAGAAGCACAGCUACCCAGGAAAAUUCAUCUCCCAGUUGUGUAUGGAUUCACACAUCAAUCAUUUAUGACCAACUUUGUAGUAUGCCUUCAUACAGUAUUUGUGAGAAGAAGCUUUCAAUGUAAGGGGGAGGGUGAAGGUAGGAGAGAGGAGUAUGUAAGACAGUAAGGAGGACAGAAAACAGAACAGGAAAGAGUACUAUUUGAAGUCAAAAUAAAUGCUGAAAAUGUUUAGGGAGCUCAGUAAACUUUAAUCUUAGAAUGGAGAGGCUGUGAUUUCUGUACUAGUCAACUCUACAGGUAGGCAGGCCAGCAGUAUCAUGUUCUAGUUAAUAGAACCCUAGCCAUGGAAUCAGGGCAGUUAAGCUUGAAUUUUCACUCUGCUAUUAACUCAGUAUUAACUUAGGGUAAGCCACAGUCCUUGCAGCUUCAAGGGAGUCUUAAUACCUGGCUCCACCAGAGUUACUUUUUGUCCUCGAAGAGUGUCACUGGAGUAAACACUGUGUUUUCAUGACUUGUUUAUCAGCUUCUAGCAGUAUGUCAGACACAGGUAGAGGGUGAAAUAUACUUUCAACUAGCUAAAUGAAGAAAUGGCAAAAAUGUCUUCACUGCGUU